CCUGAACACCUUCUGGGGCGAAGAGCCAAGCACUGGAGGUGCCAGGGAACAGGGGCUGUGGAGCAAGUGGGACACUGAGGCUGCGCUGGGCAGUGGAGCCAUGCACAGCCACUGUGGUCACCUGUCCCAUCGACUUCCAGGUGCCCUGCAAACGGAGCAGCGAGGACGUGCCGUGCACCUUCGGGCCCCUGAAGCCCAGCACACGGUACUGUGUCCGGACGGCAGCCGCUGGCAUGGCCAGGGAGAGGAGCCGGGAGGCCGAGCAGUGCCUGGUGACUCCGGCAGGGCCCCCAGGCUUUCCCUGGGUCCCUGCCGUGCUGAGUGCCUUCUUUGUGCUGCUGCUGCUGAGUGCGGCCGGGUUCUGCUUCUUCCAGCUGCACAUAUUCCUUAAACCCUCGGAGAUGCACCUCCCAAAACCACUGGCACUCCUGAACAACCAGCUGAGUGUGGCCAUCCGGAUGCCUCCCCUCGAGCUUGAGGAGGAGCCGCUGGCCCUGCUCCUGCAGACUGUGCUCUCCUCCUGUGGGCCACCUGCAGCUGGACAGGCAUCGCCCAUGGUCCCACUGUUCCCCCGAGGCCUCGCACAGGACGUGACCGGCUACUGUGCCAACGGGUUUGGCCUGGGCUGCCCCAUGGAAGGAGCCCCAUCCUGCACCCAGAGCCUGCUGGGACAUGCCUUGGGCUCCCAGGUCCCAUCACAGCUGGAAAAAGAUGAGGAGACAAGUGAUGGGGAUGAUGUGCCGGAGCAGCUGGUGCCAGUGGGACUGACCAGAAACAGCUACAUAGGUGACAGGGACAGCCGUGCACCCGAGACAUGGCUCACCCCGCACCUCCAGCUGUAUUCUAAAUGCCAGUGCCCAGCCCUGGGAGCAGGCAGACGCCUUCCUCUGCCCAUGCCCGGCAGGAGCUGCAGUCAGGAGGACCUGCGGGAGGGCCUCGGCAUGGCCAGGCACUGGGUCCCACUCAGCUCCGUGAAGCUGCCGGCCAGUGAGGAGGAGGAGGGAGGGCAGCUCCUCUGUGCUCUCCGGCCCCUGCCUGGCAUGGGGACUGAGCCAGGCAACAGCACCAUGCAGCGAGGCCACUCAGAGCAGGCAGCACCGGGCAUCCCCAGCCCCUACCAGCCACCACCUUCGCCCGGCAACGUCCCGCGGGCAGCUGCCUUCUCCGGCUAUGAGCCACGUGCCCCACCUGGGCCACCGUGA